CCUCGUAUAGUCAAUGCGAAAUGGGCUCGAGCACUGGUAGUUGGAUCUUACUGGGCCUGGUGGCCACUGUCGUCGCUCUGGCUAGCGCUGCUAAUAUUCAGCACAGCGAUGGCCAGUCGAUUGUCCAAAACAAUGGAAACACUUUUCUGUCCAAUGGAGCUGGGCAAAUCAUCCGCCGAUCCGAUGGUAAAACCGUCCUAAUCGGUUCUAAUGGCAACCAGAUUGUCACCAGUGACGAAGAUGACUCUCUGGAUGUUGAUAGUUCCAGCGGUGGAAAUCACAACAGCAACAACAUCAUCAUCAAUGGACAGAGCACCAUGAUUCAGAACGAUGGCAAAAGCUUUAUCUACGGCAAUGGCAGAGACGGAAGUUAUAUCAACAGCAAUGGGCGCACUGUGCGGAUCAUAGAUGGAGGUAUUGAGCUCAAUGAACAUGGACAGGUCUAUAACUUCCGGCCCAAGGCAAGGACUGGGAAUCAAAAGGAAACCAUAAUUGUCAACGGCCAGCCGGCCCAGGUGGAGUACUCCAAUGGUGAUAUAAUUGUCGAGCUGGCAGAUCACACGGUGAUCGCUAAAGUGGGUGAUCGUACCUUCCUGGGGGAUCGGCACUCCUUCGAUAAUCGCGACAAGCUGGAGGCAGAGGCCAAGAACCAUGCCCACCAAAUCCAGAAAGAGGUGCAUGAAAGUAUCAAGAAGUCGAUGGACGACCUCCAUGCCCAGCUCAAGAACACUUUUGGCAAUCUCUUUACCUAAAGGGGGAAAAUGUAUCAAAGUGUACGAGGGUCGCUCGAAUAAAGCGAAUUUGCAGCAUUUAUCUUG